UUAGUCUACAGUUCGAGAUCAAAGCGAUUGGUUUUGUCGUAUCGUCGCUCCUUGUAUUUGAGUCAAUUUUUUGAGUGUCUUGGUAAAGGAUAUAAGAUUAAAUGAGUUUUAAAUACGUUUUCGGUUUGUGAUGGCAUACAAGUGAUUUUUAUAAUUAUUAUUUUUCGAUAAAACGGAACACACAAUUCAAGUUAAUUUAGAACAAAUCGAAUAAGUUUUACGUGAGAAAGUGAAUGAAACAAAUUUCUUAGACACUGUUUUCUAUAGGAAACGCAUCUAUUGAAAAAGUUUCCCUUCUGCACAUUGGCAAGAAAAUUGACUUAUGAAUUUAUCAGAAAAAAACACAACAACAGCAAAGCUGGUGUACUCGAACAGCAACAGUUGAUUUUAAAUUAAAUUUUGUUAUUUUAUAUAUACAUAAAGACGGUUCGAUUCGCUGAGGAAUAUCCACUUCACAGAAGAGUGCGUUUUAUAAAUAUAAUCAGAGAGAAUAAAAGUAAACUUUUAAUCAACUUAAUAUUCAUUUUAACAUCGGAAUUGCAAAUUUGAUCCUGCUAUGUUGCACUAAAAUAAAAUUGCACAACUUACACACCGCACCACAAUCAAAUGAAUCAAAGUAUAUUUUAGCACAUCUUCAACAAUCUUUUUUCACAUUUAAAUUUAAUCUUGCACCAUAACAUAAAUAAAUGUUUACUUGCACAUAAUAUUAUGUCUACCACUACGUAAUUAUUUGACAGUGUAUUAUGCACAAUUCACAGUAUUGCUGGCACUAAUUGCAACUAUUAAUUGAAUAUUGUAUCAGUACUGACACAAGUUAUAAGAAUCUAAUACGUUCAUAGUGCUCUAUAUUGAUCAGUAGCUACAAUACAUUGUAUGUUAAUUUAAUUAAAAAAAAAAACAGGAGUCGACUUUAUCAACAAUUUUUCCUAAGAAGAUGUUUCAGUUGAGAAAGUGUUCACAUAUCAAUUUACUUUUGGUCGCGUUUAUUUUGACGUCAUUCAAUAUUCGAUGGAUAAAUGGACAAGGUUCGUCGUUAACACGGUCCACAGAAUACCGAGAUGACGGUGGAGGUGAAAUUCUAGCCCCCCGGUCUCCACAACUAAAUCCACAUGAACCGAGCUGUGAGGAAUUACGAGCAAUGUGGAGAUAUUCAAAACGACAGUCUCGCGCAGCCGAAAUAACGAAUGAAAUACCCACAUAUCGCGACCCAUUCGCAUAUAACGUUUGGGAUCCCUAUUAUCCGACAACACGAAGUGGUGGAGGAGUGCGAAUAAAUUCACGAUACCGUGACGCUACAAGGCCAGUCUUCGGUCGAAUUCUACACAAAGAGCCGUUAUUGCGUCUACGUGAUUUGACAGACCGUAGUCGAACAUUCGGCGACAUAUCACGGUUAUACGGUGCGGAGAGCCGUCAAGCAGCUUCACAAUAUGAUCAGCCGCGACGACGGGUACAGUUUCGAUUUUCGGGCUCAUCAGCCAAUCAAAAUGCAUUAACGCCGCAAAAGGGCAGUUUUCAACGUUUGAAAGAAUUGGUUUGGACCGAAAGAGCACGUGAGCUGGCACAACAGCGCAAGGCUGAAGAGAUGGCUGCUCGAGCGGCUGUACUAAAAGAAAUCGCAAACGGACAUGGCUACGGACCGCAACGCACUGAUGCAGAGCCAAUAAUCAGAGAGGGCUACGAUACCGAUGUCCUUCCACCAUCCUCAUCAUCAAUAUCCUCAUCGAAAGCUGUCAUAGAUGAGCGAAUGGCAGAAAAUGCCAAAAGUAGUUACCAACAUUACAAUGACAAUUCGUGGUUAUCUUCAUCGUCAAAUCUUAUGAGGCCAUCAUACACACGUGAACGAAAUCGUUCGAAGCUGAGACACGGCUUUCCUGAUACGUAUUACAGUGGCUCACGCCGUGAUAAACCAUCUAGCUAUGCAUCAUCCGAGGAAGAAUAAAACUAAGCUACUUUUUUACUUUCCAAUUAUAUAUAUUGUAAACAUUCAAAUUUAUAAUUUUCUUGAUAUAUACAAAAAGAAGGAGAGAGAUAGCUGAAAGGAAAAAAUUCAUUAAUUAAAAAAAAAAUCUAUAUUAAUAGCAGAGGAUGGGUAAAAAAAUUAAACUUUGAUAUUAUAAGACAAUAAUUAUAUUGAUGACAAUACAUAUGAAUAAUAUACAUAUUAUAUUAUAUCAUAUCUGUUAGGUAUAAUAUAUAUAUAUAUAGAGAAAAGCAUAAAUAUAUUAUAUAUACACAUACAUUAUACAUAAUUAAUUAAAAUUAGGAGCAAACUACACAGAGUUCUUAUACAUACAGAUUCAAACUAUUAUACCUUAUAUAUACACAGAUGAAUUGAAAAUUGCCAUAAAUAAUUUUUUGGAAUAUAAAGUAUAGAAGAAAAUGUUAAGAAAUUGAUAAGACUUUCAACUGAUGAUUAAGGAAAGAGAAGAAAAAGAGGCUUCCCUGGUUGCAAACUAUUUUAUAUAUUGACUCUGAUUUUUUCACCAAAUUGAUUUUCCGUAAAAUGAAACUCGAUGAUGUGUCAACGAUGAAUAUAUUUUUUUAAUUUGAGAACAAUUUUAUGAGACAAAAAGUGACGGUUGAUAAAUGAAAAAAAAAAAUAUGGAAAAAUGUAAAUAUAUCUGUCAAUUGCUUCUUUGUUAAAUAAAACAGCUAGUGUAAGAUUUAAAAUGGAUGAAAAGAAGUAGAUUUAAAAUAAAGUGAAAAUUUAUUAAA